UUGGCAUUCUCACUGUUUGCAGAGCAGAGAGCGCCGAUUCCAGAAGGUCGAAGGAAGGCGUAAUUUAGUGUGUUUGUCGGUUCUUUUGCUCAGUGUUCGCAGCACUAUGGGCGAGAAACCGUUGACGGAUGCAGAAAGAAAGAGGCAGAUCUCUCUUCGACGGCUGCCAAUUGUUGAGGACGUGAACAGUCUGAAGGAAGCUUUCAACCGCCAUUUGCACUACUCCCUCGUAAAAGACCGCAAUGUCGCGACGAAACGAGAUUACUACUAUUCUCUGGCUCACACAGUGAAAGAUCAUUUGGUAGGAAAGUGGAUUCGAUCCCAGCAAGCCUAUUAUGAGAAGGACCCUAAGCGUGUGUACUAUCUCUCACUGGAGUACUACAUGGGCCGCGCACUGACCAACACUAUGAUCAACCUAGGGAUCCAAGGAGAGUGUGAUGAAGCCAUGUAUCAGGUUGGUCUGGAGAUGGAGGAACUUGAGGAAAUAGAGGAAGAUGCUGGUCUUGGAAAUGGAGGUCUUGGACGAUUGGCAGCAUGCUUCCUGGACUCCUUGGCUACCUUGGGGUAUCCUGCCUAUGGUUAUGGCAUCAGAUACGAGUAUGGAAUAUUUAAACAAGGAAUAGAUGACCAUGGAAAUCAGAUUGAGUUGCCCGAUGACUGGCUUAAGUUUGGGAACCCCUGGGAGAAAGCCAGACCAGAGUACAUGAUUCCUGUUCAGUUUUAUGGAAGAGUGGAGUCAGAUGUUAGUGGAAAAAGCCAUCGCUGGGUUGAUACAAGCACAGUUUUUGCUAUGCCAUAUGAUCAGCCCAUUCCAGGCUAUGGAAACAAUACCUGCAACACAAUGAGAUUGUGGGCAGCAAAGUCUCCAAAGGGUUUUGAUCUCUCAUACUUUAAUGAUGGAGACUAUAUAAAGGCAGUCCUGGACAGAAAUGUGGCAGAGAAUAUUUCAAGAGUUUUAUAUCCAAAUGAUAAUUUUUUUGAAGGGAAAGAGUUGCGUCUAAAGCAGCAGUACUUCAUGGUCAGUGCUACUCUCCAUGACAUUGUUAGAAGAUAUAAAGCUCCCAAAUUUGGUUCCAAAGAAGCAGUGCGGACAAACUUUGAGAACUUUCCUGACAAAGUUGCCAUUCAAUUGAAUGACACGCAUCCGUCUCUAGCUAUUCCAGAGCUUAUGAGGGUAUUUGUUGAUGUUGAGAAACUCACAUGGGAAAAGGCAUGGGACAUCUGCAUCAGAACGUUCAGCUACACUAAUCACACAGUCCUUCCUGAAGCAUUGGAGAGAUGGCCUGUACACAUGUUGGAGUACAUUUUGCCACGACACCUUCAGAUCAUCUAUGAAAUCAAUGCUUUGUUUCUAAAGAAAGUAACAGAAAAGUGGCCAGGAGACGUAGGCAGAAUGCAGCGGAUGUCUUUAGUGGAAGAAGGACCUGAGAAGCGCAUCAACAUGUCACAUUUGUGCAUUGUUGGUUCUCAUGCAAUCAACGGAGUGGCUGCUCUACACUCUGAACUUCUCAAAACAACAGUAUUUAAAGACUUCUAUGAAAUGUUUCCUGAGAAGUUUCAGAACAAGACUAAUGGUGUGACACCACGACGCUGGCUUCUUCUCUGCAACCCUGGGCUAUCAGACCUUAUUUGUGAGAAAAUUGGUGAGGGAUGGAUAGCAGACUUGUCACAGUUGAGAAAGCUUGAAAAAUAUGUCAAUGACAGGAACUUUAAACAUGCUUUCAUGAGAAGCAAACAGGAAAACAAGAUUAGACUUGCAGAUUACAUCAAGAAAGAGUAUGACAUUGAUGUCAAUGUGAACUCUAUAUUUGAUGUCCAAGUGAAGAGAAUCCAUGAGUACAAGAGACAGCUGAUGAACUGCCUCCAUGUUAUUGUGUUGUACAACCGACUUAAAGCAAAUCCGAACAUGGACUUUGUGCCCCGCACUGUCAUGAUUGGAGGAAAGGCAGCUCCUGGCUACUACAUGGCCAAACUGAUCAUUAAACUCUUCAACAGCAUUGCUAGAGUGGUGAACAAUGAUCCAAUCAUUGGAGACAAACUCAAACUUGUGUUCCUUGAAAACUACCGGGUCUCACUUGCUGAAAAGGUUAUCCCAGCGUCUGACCUAUCUGAGCAGAUAUCCUUGGCAGGAACUGAAGCCUCUGGAACGGGAAACAUGAAAUUCAUGAUGAACGGAGCUUUGACUAUUGGCACUCUAGAUGGAGCCAAUGUUGAAAUGAGUGAAGAGAUGGGAAGUGAGAACAUCUUUAUUUUUGGCAUGACUGUGGACGAAGUGACUGCAAUGAGAGCCAAGGGCUACAAGCCAAUGGAUUACUACGACAAUGACACAGAGCUGAGAAAAGCCAUCAAUCAGAUCAGAGACAAUUACUUUUCACCAACUGAGCCUGGCACAUUCCAGGAUAUUGUCAAUUCCCUGCUGCAUCAUGACAGGUUCCUUCUGAUGGCAGAUUUUGACGCGUAUGUCAAAUGCCAAGAACGUGUCAGUGAAGUAUUCCAGGAUCCGGAACAUUGGUACACCAUGGCAAUCUUGAAUGUGGCAUCCUCCGGCAAGUUUUCUAGUGACAGGACGAUUAAACAGUACGCAGAGGAAAUCUGGAAAGUGAAACCGCUGAGCAUGAAUGAAGUGAAGACCGUCAGUGGCAAGUGAGCGAGCUCCACUCACUGGCUAACAAGGCUGGUCACCACUCACUAGCUAACAAGGCUCGUCACCUAAACUACAGUAAUAUUCUGUGAAGUGAAACAGUACCUUUGGGUAAUAAGUUAAAACUAUUGGUUAGGAAGUGGUAUUUCUGCAUCAGAUCUGCAACUGGCAUCGCUAAGAUUUACCAGAGUAAUCGCAAACUAAAGUAAAAAUCUUGAAGGAAAUUAUUUGAUUUUGACAGAGUAAACUUAGAUUCUUGGAAUUAUAUCGUUGCGUUAAAUCAGAGCUUGUACCUUUAGGUAAUACGUUGAAACUAUUGGUUAGGAAGUGGUAUUUCUGUAUCUGCAACUGGCAUUAGUAAAGUUUCUCAUAGUAAUUACAAACUUAAGUAAAAAUCGUGAAGGAAAGACUGUAAUUCUUACCGAGUAAACUUAGAGUCUUGGAAUCAUCGUUGCGUUAAAUCAGAAGUUUUCGGUUUAAAGGGCUCCUUGAUCUACAUUUAAAUUGGAGACUGCCUCAGCCUGUCGAGUCUUGAACGGCUUUAUUCUAAAGCUUUGAGGUUAUCUUCCUUAGGAAUAACAAAUUAUCAUGAGUAUUUAGUUAUCUUUCAACAAAUCGGAAUAAAAUAUAAUAAUCGGUGUAACUGUAUGAUGACUAUUCUAAUGAUACAUAUAUGAAGUGUUUGUACUGAUUGUUGUGAUUUUAGUUUUGUGCCAAAUAAAAAUUAAGUGUUAUCAAUUUA